AUGCCGCCUCGACUUCCGCUCCAGCGGCCGCAAAUCAAUCUCUCUUCCAUUGAUCUUCUAUCAACAUCAAAAUCAAAUUCGACACUAUCAUCGACCAUACCUUUCUUCCUCGUUCCCUUCCUCCACACCCAAUCACGAAAUGCCUCCAUCCUAGCCUCCCUCUCUGACCGACCGGGGGCAUAUAACAAGAGAAUUCGACGCGGACGAGGUCCUGCUUCUGGGAAAGGAGGAAAAUCUGGCCGUGGUUCGGACGGGCAAAAACAACAUGGCAAAGUCCCCGCGGGGUUUAACGGCGGUCAAACACCCGAACACAUCGUGCAUGGAAGAUAUGGCUUUAUAAAUCUGCACGCGACAGAAAUGUCUCCUUUGAACCUCGACACAAUCCAGUCGUGGAUUGACCAGAAUCGACUUGAUCCAAAGGCACCCAUCACGGUACGUGAGUUGCUGAAGUCACGGGCUCUGCACGGAGUCAAAGACGGUGUGAAACUGCUGGCGCGUGGAAGCGAGAUGCUGAAGACACCAAUCCACAUUGUCGUAUCUCGAGCUUCACAGUCUGCCAUUGCGGCCGUCGAAGCUAUCGGCGGCACAGUGACCACACGCUUCUACACUCCACAAGCCAUUCGCCGGAUAAAAAGGAGGCAAAUGCACCCGUACCUCUCUCUCCGCUGGGAUCCCGUGGGAAUCAACAACCCGGCUCUGAUGGUCGAAGGAUGCGAGUCGCUGGAAUACCGUGCGGCAGGCUCCGGCUAUGAAUACCGUCUCCCAGACCCGACAUCGCGAAGUGAUAUCGAGUACUACCGCGACGUGAAGAAUAGAGGCUAUCUGAGCCACACGGUCAAGGAAGGUGAAGGGCCGAGCUUGUACUUCAAGCCACCGGUCUCGGAGGAGCAGUUGAAGGAGUUGCGGAAGAAGAACGCCAGCGGCAGAAGGGCGGCGAAGGAGAAGGAGGAGAAUAAGCUGUGGUAG